AUGUCUCUAUUAUAUCGUGGAGCAAUAACCAGUAGAUUGCUCUUGGCCUCACCCUCGAGACAAUUGACGAGACUCGUCUCAAAUCCGUUGCCCCAAUUGUCUAUUGUCCCCAGAUUAGGACUCACGCCCAAAUCAAGAGAAUAUUCAACAGCCCCUAUCGAAAAUGCCGAAUCGAAACCCAAGACUAAACGUACAACCACUAAAACUAAUGCGAAACCAAAAGCAAGUGCUAUAAAGACAAAAGCAAAGGAGAAAAAAGCGAACCCAAUCACACAAUUGAAACAGGCUAUAGCCAAGGAGAAAACCAAAUUACAAGAAUUAAAAAAGCAGUUAUUAACUAAAGAAAAAGAAGUUAAUGCAGCUAUUAAAGAACGUAAAGCUAAUGCAAAGAAAUCAGAAUUGCAACAAAAAUUGAUAAAAAAGGCUAUUAAAAAUCCUAGGAAAUGGAGUGUCAAUAAUUUCUAUUCCAGAUCCAACAACGUACUUGCGACGCUAGCACACAGCGAAGUCCAGAAGCUUUCGAAAGAAGAGUUUGCAAAAUGGAAUGAGGCAACUGAUAAAUUCAACGAGCAGUAUUUAUCACUCUUUACUUCAAAACCAGAACUGGGACCAAUAAAUGCGUUAAAUAAGUAUGUUGCCGAAAACUUUCAUUCUAUGGAUACCACUUUGCCUGUAAGUGAAAGAUUUGGUAUCUUGGUGAAAGAAUAUGCUGGUCUCAGCCAAGAUGAAAAACAAAAGUAUAAGAUUGAUCCCGAGGAAAAGAAAAAAAUCGACUCUUUGAGGAAAGAGUGGAUCGAAAAGAGACUUAAAGAGUAUGAUGAAGCGAUUCGUUUCAAAAAGGAAUAUAAAUACGGAAUUGACGAGUAA